UCAUAGUUGACAGGGCUCUCUACGAACCCUGUGGUCCAUAGAUCGGGUCGGUAGGUUUUGUAAGUUAGGAGGAGGGUCUAAGUGGUGAGAAGCGGAACUGUCACUUGGUUGUGCACUUUUCACCAUGGUUGACACGCGUAGUGGCCGGAGCACCUCCCCCUACACCGCCGAAGAGGAGGCGAAAGUCGCCGUCCUCCUGAAGGAGAGAAGAGAGAAAAAGGAGGCCAAGAAGAAGGCCCUGAUGGAGGAACAAGCGGCGAAGAUGAGGAAGAUUGAGGAAGAGAUGGCCAGAGAGAAGGAGAGACUAAAGAGAGAAGAAGAAGCGAAGCCCAAGGCGGUAGAAGAGGAGGAAGAGGAUGAAGAACAGCCACCGGAAAGGCGAAAGGCAAGAGGAAGAGGUGAGUGCAGUGGCACAAAAGAGGAUCUAAUGGAGAAGAAGAUUACAGAGUGGGUUGCUGGAUUAUCCCUGGGAGAAGAUGAGGAGGCCUUAAUCACCUCCCCUUACACAACAGAGCAGGAUGCGAAAGUCGCUGCCAUCCUGAAGGAGAGAAGGGAGAAGGAGGCCAAGAAGAAGGCCUUGCUGGAGGAACAGUCGGCAAAGAAGAAGAACUUUGAGGAAGAGAUGGCAAAGGAACUGGAGAGGUUGGAAAAGGAGGAGGAAGAAAAACUUAAAGCCGUAGAGGCAGAAGAAGAGGUAGAAGAACCGCCGCUAGAGAGGAGAAGGACAAGAGGAAGACGAGAACCCAGUGGUGUGAAGGAAGACCCGUUGGAGAAGAAGAUUACGGAAUGGGUGGCCAAUUUAUCCCUAGGAGAAGAGGAGGAGGCAUUAAUGUAUGUAACCAGGGAAGAGCGGGAGGCGUCCAUGAAAGAGUGGGGUGCAUAGGAAGAGCCAUUCAAGCACCAGACCAUAGAGGAUGAAAAGAGGAUGGAGUGGAAGCUGCAACUGAUGAGGGAAAGGAAAAAGAGAGUGGAGACAGUGAGCCAGGCGGCAAGGGAAUUGGAAGAAGUAAAGAAGCAGGGAGAGC